CCACGUGUCUUCUCGAGACUCCGUCGUUUUACGGCUCAGCGCUUCGCUUGUGACGAGUAUCGAUCCGUGGUUCAUUAACCAAGUGAAUGCAUCAUCAUCACCACCACCACCAUCACCACCACCAUCAUCAGCACAUGCAUCAUCAGAACGUGCCACAGUACAAGCCUGUUCCAUCUCUACUCGAUUCGACUGUUCGCAAGCUCUGCAGUCGGGACGAAAUCGAAUUUGGGCGUGACUUGCCUCUCGAUUUCUACUUCGCUCCUCUGUUAGAGCGAUGCCUUCAACAGGCCAACGCGUCGUCCGUCUUCUUGCCCCCGCGUGUAGCCGACAAGCUACUGAAACGCUUGUCGAAUGAGAACCUGCUGUCGUCAAAUCUCUUCGUUUUGUUGCUGCAAGGAGAACGACCGGUUGCGCAUCCGUCCGCUUUGCCUCUCGGCGGCAGUAUUGUGACGUCUGAUGAUUUGAGGCAUGUCCGAUCCUUGACGGGUGUGACCGAGGUCGAUCUGUCCUUUACGCGCAAUCUUGGAGCCACUUGGUAUGACGUCUUGUUUGCAUGUAAAGACACUGUCAGGUCUCUGAAGAUGUGCCACGCUAGUGGAGUGACCGACUUUGCUCGAAUCGCUGAUUUCCCAAAGCUCGUGCAUCUUGACUUGAGCUUCACGUCCUUGACGACUGAUGAUGCUUUGUCUAUUUGCAUGGCUCUUGCUGGUCUCCAAUACCUUGACAUAUCGGGGACUGAAGUGAAUCUCUAUGGUGUGCUACCUCAACUGAAGCAGUUGGUUGGAAUUCGAUAUCUUGGUUUGCACCAGCUGGUGAUUCCUCCAUUUCCUGAAAUGUCUACCGAGGUUCCGUUGAGUUCAAUUGAUAUAUUGAAUCGAGUUGCAAGUACAUUUGGCUCUUUGACCGAGCUUCAACAUCUUGAUAUCUCGUGGAUGAAAUAUCAGAAUUAUAGUGAAGGGUGGAUGAUCGAUGCGAAGGAGUUUCUUCAUUGUAUUUUGAGUAGCCAGAAAUCACUGAAGAGCCUGGAAAUUGCAAAAAUGCAUCUCUCAUUGAGUGAUGUUGUGCAGGAGCUGAAGGAUUGUGAUCUUUAUCAUCAGAUGGAAUUCUUAGGUUUCCUUGAUGAUCAUCGAGUUAUGGUCGAAUCGGCGGAUAUCGUACAAAAAGUCAGCAAUGACAUGGAGCUUGUUAUAUUUGAUAGCAAAGCUGGUACUUCUCGGCAAGUCAUGAAGCCAGAAUACCUUCGACGACCUCUCACUGUCUUAGCUAAUGUGGCUAACGUGUUGCCCGACAUAACAAAUUCUUCAUCAAAACUGACUGAUCUGGUUAGGUACGUAUUACAAGCUUUGCGAAUGUAUGGUGAUCGAGUUGAUGUCAUGGCUGAUGUACUCAAAUCAUUGCCACAGGCUGUUAUGUCAGCUCGUGCAUUAGCUGAUGAUGUCAUUGUAGCCCUUAUUGAUCUUCUUCUUUAUUUGGCUAUAAGACAUCCAGAAGAGGCCAGUCUUCCUCGAUGUCUCUAUUAUGUGCUUAACGUGCAGACACGCCAUGUUGUCAAGAACAAGGUGCUUCUGAGUCGACUGAUGGCAUUCAUAUUACAGUCAUCGGACAAUGCACAACUAGAUGACUCAAAUCAGGUUAAACUUCUUAGUCAGUCAUAUGAGGUCAUCAACAUUGUUCUCUACCAUCUUACGCCAGAACAGCGAGUGUGGCUGGCUUGUGACAUGGGUCUCAUUGAUAGCUGUUUGAAGCUUGCUCGUCGCUGGUAUCAAAGGGGAGAUUUUCAUGAGUCUGCUGUGUACGGCCUUGGUGCUGUGUGGAACAUUUGUGAUGAUCUUCCUCAGAACUGUCGUCAUGUUGUGAAUUUUGAAGAAUUUGAUGUGGUUGACUUUCUUGUUGAUUUCGGAAACACUUUUAUAAACAAGGAAGAUGCAGUCACUUCUGUUAUCGGGCCUUUAGGUAACAUUGCUGAAGUGACAGAGCUCAGGAAUAAUCUCCGCAAACCCAAAUUGAUUAGCUUUCUUGCUAAGACCUUGAAAAUUGAUUCCAUGGGAGAUGUUAUAUGUUUAACAUCAUCUCGACUUAUUUGUAAUUUGUCAAUGGAUGAAGGUGCUGUUUGGCCUGUAGAAGGAAUUGUUCGCCAACAGUUGCUGACAGCAAUGUACCACGCUAUGAAGCAAUUGUCUAUUCAGCCUAAUAUGCAUCGAUUGAUAAGCUAUCGAUCUUUAGCUCCUCUUUUGGAUUUGGCAAGAUGCACACAUUCCCCUGAAGUAAUGUACUUUGGUGUGUGGCGACUGGCAAGUUUGUGCAUUGAACAUACUCGCUAUGCUAAUAUGCUACAAAAUGAGGGUGGACUGGAACUGCUGUCUGCUUUAGAAGUUCCUGCAGGAUUUGAAGACGAUUUCAAACCCUUGGUUGAUACAAUUCAAGAGAAAUGCACAAAUGCAAAGUCUGCACCUCCCAUGUUUCAGAUGCCUCCAGGCAUGCCACCAAUCCCAGGUGGCAUUCCUCCAGAGCUUUUAGCUGGCAUGCCUCCAGAGUUGGCCAAUUUGGCAGGCUUUGACCUUGCAAACUUCCAUGCUCAUGGCAUGUUGAAUGAUUCGGAUGAUGACGAUGAUGAUGUCUAAGAAACAUUGUGUGCUGCAUGUUCUUGAAGUUAUGAUGUGGAAAUGUUAGUGUUUUGCAGUUGAUUAUGCUUAUAGAGUUGUAAUCGGAUGGUUGUACUUUUUCAUUAUGGGAGUAAGCAAUAAAGUAUCAGCAUUUUUGUUAUGAUUAUA